UUAAUUAACUUGAGAGAGAAUGAGAAAUUUGCUUUGAUGGAGAUUUUGUAGUCUGUGAAAAACUCCUCAUCCCAUCUUCAUCGCCUCCUCCUCUUUUCCGGAUGCCAUUGAAGAUGCAACAUUAAACUUCAAAUCCACACUUUCCAGAAAAAGCUGCCCGAAACUACUCUUGCUUGCCUGGAUUUCUCCGUCGUUGCUUCCGCCGCCGCCGCCGGGAAAUCCAAGCCGGAGCUCCCUCUGCUCGAAAUUGAUCAUCCUCUUCUCGAUUCCAUCACUCCGCCGCUCAUUACUCUUCGAAUUCCUCUGUGCUUUCCUCUAUUUCUCUUGUUUUUCUUAUGAAAACGCUGACAUCUCCCCCUUCGGUGUCAACGGAGGCUAUCAGGAUUCAGUACUGAACGCAAUGGCGUCAUUUCUGCGAAUUAUGUCUUUGCUUUUUCUGCCAAUCUUAUUUGCUGUCUCAGCCAUUGGAUCAGUAUCUGAGAGUGCAGAAGAAGAUUUCUCUGAGGACUUAUUGCUUAAACCCUUGCCUGAUCGCAAGGUGUUGGCGCAUUUUCACUUCCAAAGCACAGCUCCUUCGUCCCGCUCUAACUCCUAUGGCCGCCACCACCACCUAUUCCCCAAGGCCAUUUCUCAGCUGGUUCAUAAAUAUCGAAUUAAGGAAAUGGAACUGUCUUUUACACAAGGUCGUUGGCGCUAUGAUCGUUGGGGUGGAUUUGAUUCGAUAUCAAGCAGCAAUGCAAAGCCUUCGGGAGUUGAGUUGUGGGCUAUUUUUGACUUUCCACCAAAUGAGGUUGAUGCAGCUUGGAAAAAUUUAACCCAUUCACUUUCAGGUCUUUUUUGUUCUUCAAUCAACUUCCUGGAGUCUUCAACUUCUUAUUCUUCCCCUAAAUGGGGCUUUCAUCCUGCUUCUGGGAGUAUGAGGUAUGGUACAUUGCCUCGUGAGGCUGUUUGCACAGAGAAUCUCACACCAUGGUUGAAGCUCCUUCCAUGUCGUGACAAAUCAGGGCUUUCAGUAUUGAUGGAUAGACCAUCUAUCUACAAAGGAUUUUAUCACUCUCAGAGAUUGCAUUUGCUGUCAUCUGAAUUUGAGUCGAAUGCUGUGAAUUCAGCCAUUGUACUUGACCAGACACUCACAGUUGUUCUUCAGCCUCACAGUCACAGAGGGAUUUCGGGUUAUUCAACUGCAACACAAUUACAACCAAGCUGGUCUCUCAGCUCAAUGUUUGGAAGGAGAGUCACUGGAAGAUGUGCUCUCACCAGAUCUAGUAAUGUUUACAUUCAGCUUGACAGAGGUCUCAUGGCAGAACUGCAAGUCAUGCUUGGGGAACAAGAGAUGUUUGCAAUUACAAGAGCUAGCUCUGAAGGUUCUAGAAGCAAUCCUGCUUUUGAGUUGUCAACUAAUCCUGAUAGAGUACACAUGGAGAUAAGCAGCAAGGAUGACAAGCACUUAUCUGUCCUUUACAUGUUUAUGGUAGAGGAGAAUUACGAUGAUUCUGAACCACUUGACUUGAGAUUCACAUGGAAAAUUCCUGUAACUUGGUCUAUUCCACAAGCACCAUUACAUGUGACCAGGUUUUUACUGGGUAGUGGGAACGAAAGGGGUGCUAUUGCCUUACAGCUAAAAUCUACAAAACCAAGUAAUCAGUUGAUGCCUGAUACUGUGAUCACAGACAGCUGUAGCCUGCUUGUUAAAGUAUUUCAAGUUGUUCCUUGGUAUAUAAAGGUGUAUUAUCAUACUCUUCAAGUAUUUAUCGACGACCAACCCCAUACAAUUACAAAUGUUGUUGAGAAGAUGCAAGUUUCACCUUCUAAAGAUAAGGUUUCACCAGGGGUGAUGGAGAUGCUCCUGAAAUUUCCUUGUGGCUUGAACUCAGCUGCUCUAACCAUAGAAUUUGACAAGGGUUUUCUGCACAUUGAUGAAUAUCCCCCAGAUGCUCAUCAGGGAUUAGAUAUUCCAUCAGCUGUAAUAAGUUUUCCAGAUUUUUUCACAAGCACGCAGUUUGUGGAAAAUAACUCUUCGAAAUCACCAAUCUUGUCGAAAUGGCAGGGGCAGAGUCCCAUUCUGUCUUACACAGAAGUAUUGCUUGUUCCUUUUACCACUCCUGAUUUUAGCAUGCCCUAUAAUGUGAUCACUAUCACUUGCACGGUGCUCGCAUUGUAUUUUGGAUCUUUGCUCAAUGUCCUUCGGAGGCGUGUAGGUGAAGAGGAAAGAUUUAUGAAGAGCAAAGGAACGAAAAAGUUUCAUGUUUCGCACCUUGUAUCGAAGUUGUUGGCCAAACUUAGAGGAAGACAGUGGGAAUCCUCCAAGUCACGAUCACCUUCUUCAAUGUCCAACUCAAAGUCAAAGCUGCUGUUUAAAGUCAUUUUGGUAGCUGGGCUUGCUGCUGCUUGGCAAUAUUAUUUUGGAUGAGGUAUUUGAGAAUUCAAGGUCUGAUGUUAAAUGUACCAUAGUUGUCAAUUAGAUCUUUCUUGAUGUACAUUGUGAUUUCUUUUCUAACUAUACCCCUAAUUUUGUUGCAAGGGUAAAUUUACACACUAGUCUGUUUGGAUAUAGAUCAUUUUCCCCGAGUAUGACAUUUUCAGAAUACAAAUGUAGGGCUUGUUUUGUUAUGGUUAUUUAUUGGCAUUUUAGAUCAUUCAAAGUGGCAAAGAAAGAGGAGAGAUUGAUUUCAUAUUGUUUA